UUCUAACUGCCAUAAAUGUUAUAAUUGACUCAUAAUUACAACUACGGCCUGAUGUGAAUGCUUCUCCCCGCUUUACUGCGAGUAAUUACGCCUCCACCUGAACCACAUCUCGCCAAACACCUCCCUGUUGUCUCUGAAUGUCAGGCGGAGCUGCUCCUGCUGCAUAGCGGCUGUUCCUGCUAUAGCCAGGCCGCUGGAGGACAUCGAAGGGCGGGGAAGGAGCCUCGCAGGGAACCGGUGUUGGAGCGUCUCUCUGGAGCUCUGGCGGCGUCUCCUCCCUCAUGCUGCGGACCUACAGAUAGAAGUACGGAAAUAUACACCGGCUGCUUUCCUUGAUGCAUUUUAAUAACAACACUGAGAGAAUCUGCAGGACCCGAUUUAUUUCAGUUUGAGCUGCAGAAAGGAAGAAUGGGUCGCAGAGGAGGAGCAGGAUUUCUCACCAUGUUUCUUCACGUCUUCUGUCUAAUAUGGACACAGCUGCUGAUCACAGAAUCGGCUUCCGGUGAUCACGAGUUUCGGCUCUUCCCUUUUCGCCGCUCUAGUCGUCUCCAUCCGCCUCUGCACCACCAGCACGACUUGGACCCACAGCACGAGUCCCACCGCCUCCACCUCCACCAUCACCUUCAUCAGCACCCUGCCAGGUUAGACAAAGAGAUGCCAGCCGCCCUCCUGGGGUCUCGCUUCCGUCAGGAGCCCAGGGGUCAGCGAACCCUCAACCUGCUGGCGCGGCCCCAUCACGAGGUGCCGCCGGAGCACGCUGUAGUGUCUGCACGCCAUCUGGUUACCGUGUACCUGGCCGUGGAUGUGAGGAGGCUGAACGCCAGUCUUCUUCGGUGGUUCCGCGAAGGUGUAGCGGCGGCGCUGGGCGUUCCCACAGGACACGUGCACAUCAACCGGCUGAAUGAGGAGAAGAAUGGCAUCGAGCUCUUCGUGUCCUCUGAUAGGUUGGGGAUCUCUGAGCCCCGCCCUGCUGAAGAGGUCAUCCAAUCACUGAACGUCAGGGUCCUUCACCGCCACUUGGGACACUUCGGCAUCACUGAAGUCGCAACCGAGAAAAACGUCCUGCAGGGCGGGCAGAGGGAUCACGUGUGGAGCAGAGAAGGUUUUUACGCCGUCGUCCUCUUCUUCACCAUCUUCGUCAUCGUCAUCACCUGCUUGAUGGUUUUGUACCGACUUAAGGAAAAGGUUCAGGUUUCUGACAGACAGCUGAAAGCUCCGCCCCCUGACCGCCACCUGACCCCGACUGUCCCUCCAGACCCCACCCAGAGGUUAAAGGGCACCAAGGCUGUGACGUCAGGAAGCAUGGUCCAAGCUGAGCUCCCUCCAACUGUUGCCACGCCCAUUCCCCAGCAGCAGCCAAUCGUAGCCUGCCGCCGCCUCGCUCCUCCUGUAGUCCCUCUGCCCAGCCCCGCCCUUGUCCCUGUUGUCAACGACCACGCCCACCUGGCCAGCUUUGCCCCGACGACAGCCAAUAACGAGCUCAAGCCCUGCCCCUCCCCCUUCAGGAUGAAACCUGCUGCAGGGCUGCAAGAAAGACGUGGCUCUAAUGUCUCUCUGGUGUUGGACAUGUCGGCUCUCGGCGCAGUGGAGCCCCUUAACGUUACUGUGGUGACCCCCAGAGAGGCGGCGGCCAGGGAGUACCUGCUGGCCGCCGGCCGGCCCCUGGCCCGGCAGCAGCUCCGCGACAUCGUCAACAACACACACAAGCUGCACGCUGAGUUCGCUGAAAUCCCCAUGAAUUUCAUCGAUCCCAAAGAUCUGGACAUCCCAAACUACGGACCCAAGAACAGAUACAAGACCAUACUUCCCAACCCUCAUUCCAGAGUGAUCCUGAAGUCGAAGAGCUGCAACGACCUGCUGAGCUCCUACAUCAAUGCUAACUACAUACGGGGUUACCUAGGCGACGAGAAGGCGUUCAUCGCCACCCAGGGUCCCAUGGUGAACACGGUGAACGACUUCUGGCAGAUGGCCUGGCAGGAGGAGUCCCCCGUCAUCGUCAUGAUCACCAAACUGAAGGAGAAGAAUGAGAAGUGUGUUCUGUAUUGGCCUGAAAAGAGGGGAAUCUAUGGGAAGGUCGAAGUGUUGGUCAACAGCGUCAGAGAGUGUGAACAUUACACCGCUCGCAGCCUUACAUUAAAGUGUGGGAAUCAAACCCGCAUGCUGCAGCAUUACUGGUACACAUCAUGGCCCGACCACAAAACCCCCGACUCGGCGAUGCCGCUACUGCAGCUCAUGACCGACGUUGAGACGGACAGACGGACGGCUGCCGCCAUGGGACCCGUUAUCGUCCAUUGCAGCGCCGGGAUUGGCCGGACAGGAUGCUUCAUUGCUACAACGAUAGGCUGUCGACAGCUGCAGUUGGAGGGAGUGGUGGAUGUUCUGAGCAUCACCUGCCGGCUCAGAGCUGACAGAGGAGGGAUGAUCCAGACAGGUGAGCAGUACGAGUUCGUCCAUCACGCCUUGAGCCUGUACGAGACCCGCCUAUCUGCAGAAACAGGCCAAUGAGUGUGCGCCGCCACAGGAGGUGUCGACCUAAACCUGGAUGUGUUGUCAUAGUGAGUCCUUUAGCAGGUAUGAUCCCUGAGAUUUGGAAGUUCUCUUGAGAUUAGAAACAACUGGAAGAGGUCUUUUUAAGUUUAAUGGACAACAUGGACAACCAAUGAGUUGUGGGUGGAGCCUAUUGAAGGAAAGAGGAAAGGUACAUUUCUGGAAAUGAAAUAUAUCCGUUCUUCUCUGCUGUUUCUUCAUGUGUUGUUGGUGGGGGGUUCUCCAGAAGAACUGGAAAGACCCGCCCACUUCACUUCUCUCAACCAACUGACUGCCGGAUCGAGACGUUUUUAACUAACCAGAUUGUCCUGUUACCUCUUUUCUGUCAAGGAGACGUAGAAAUAGUUUGACUGAAAUUGAUGGUACUUUGUUUCAUAACACUGUUUUGUUUGUGUCUUUUUAGAUUUAAAAAUUAUUUUUUAAUGUGGGGUUCUUAUAAGAAAGGCAAUCACAAAUUGACUGUUAGCAGGUUGCAUUUUCUGUUAAGCUACGAUACAACUGUUGAACAAACCCUUCCAGCCUCCCUUUGUGACAUCCACACUCCGUACGAUACUCCGUGAUUCUGCCACGUUACAUUACCCACCUUCAAACUUUUUGGGGAAGUCGAACAUUAAUUUGGACCUUUUAUCCUGAGGCGGGUUGUAUCAUCAAAGUUAUUUCAUCAUCAUCUCUUAAUUGUUAGAACUUAAUUUUAAAUGUCAUAUGUCAGAAAACCUUCAGCUCAAGUAACCUGAAAAGUUAGCUUGACAACUAGCCAGCAGAAACAUUUAGCAAACACAUUUAUUUUUUUAUGUUUUUAUGUUAACGUUACUUUCUGUUUAACCAGACAGUGUUGAGUAGGUGAGUCAAUGCUAUGGUUAGCAAGCUAACUAACUGACAUUAUCUUAAAACCCAUUUCAUUUGUAACCAAGACUAAUAAAAGUACAACUUUUGUGAUGCGAAUGAUUAAACCAACUUUAUAAUCUUUAUUUUCCCUGUCGUCACUGCUCUGCGCAUUUCCACUGGACGUAUGUUUUGCAGCUUUGAAACUUACAGAGUGCUGAAGUCACAAACGGGGCUAACUCCAGCCAUAGAUCACACGCUAAAGGCUAACAAACCAAUGUAAUGAUAAAUAAGCUCCUGCUAAGCUAGCACUAGUAGUACAGCAAUCUCAUAGAGGCUAAUUCUAGCUUUUGUAGUUCGGUGUUAAUCCGUAUGCUUUAACGUCAUUAAUGGAUGCUAACCUAUAAGCUCAUGCUAUUAUUAGCCCGCUAUGCUUAUGCAAUAUUUUGUUAAACCAAUUAAUCUUAUAUUCCGCAGCUAAACCAUGCUCGUAAAAUAUUAUAACAAUUUGUAAUACUAUUUCACAAAUUCAGCUUCGCCGAGGUUUUGACUGAGUAAGAAUUAUGGGAGCUGUUUACAAAUGCUGACCUACUAAUUGUUGUUUUAUCUAAAAUAGAUAAAUAGAUAAAUUGAUGGUAGCAAUAGAGACCUAGUUAUCCUAGAAUAUAUGGACACAACACCCCACCAUCAUGUUAAAACAUUUAGAAAGACCCAAGGAAUAAAAUGUACAAAACAUUUAAAAAUGGCAUAAUUUAUAGAUUUGAUCCACAAUUAAAAUGAAAACUGACAUUUUAGCCAAAGUUUAGUUUUUCAGCACAGGGCCAAAUUGAAAAACAUAGUUUGCUGAGACUUAUUCAUCACACGACAGAUUUACACUUAAACUCUUUAUAGUAGUUAACCCUGUUUAUUGAAUUGACAAUUCCCAUGUUGUGUAAUAUGUUGCUUUAUACCAAAAAUGUGAAAUAAUUGUCACAAUGGUGCAGUCAUCUCAUCAGUGUGCUGUUGUAAAUCUAGUAAGUGCGUUAUUUUUAGUGUAUCAAAAUAAUACCUUUAUUUUUAUACUGUUUUUUUUUUACAUGUUUUUGAUGAGUUUAGCAGCUAUUAUCCAUUUGUCACCUCGCAUGAAAGCUCACGAUGUGAGGUACGAACCUCAAAUCUCUAAAUCUUGAAUUUAACAGAAGCAGAUGAAAAAAAACAAUACAAAUUUUAUCCGAAUCAGCAAAUCGAAUUUUGAACAAGCCACACCCGUUGUUUAAGCUUUACUAUCUUAAUGAUGGAGGAAUACGUUUUAAGCAGUAGAAGAAUAAACAUGAAAUACUGAGAGAUAAAGUUGUUGUGAACAAUACGGAUUGAUUUUGUAUUUCUUUAGAUAAGUUUUAUAAUUACAUUGACACUGCAUUGAAAAAUGUCAAAAUAGUAAUGAGACUACACAACUCAACCAAACCAUUCGAGUGCCAUUACAUUGGAAAAAUAAAGUCAAGAAAAGGGUGUGAUGCUCAGUUUUUAUACGCCCAAUAUUACUACAUGUUUAACCAUAAAAGGCUAAGAAAUGAAAUAAAUACUGAGGUGGUUUUAUUAGUUCCUGAGGUGUUGAUUUGUUUUAGAGAUCUGGGGUUUCUACAGUAAUGCCAGUAACGAAGAACAUAAACAAAUACAUCUAAUCCACUGUCUGUGUGAAUGGGAUAAUGUUGUGUGGUACAUGUUAAAGUGCUAUUAAACCUAAUGUAAGAAGUCGAGUUUCAAUCCAUGGGCUACAAACAUGGAGGUGUUGCUGCUAAAACUGGGAGCGUUGGGACCGGACCGCUGACGGACAAUAAACGAGAGAAUCUUGGAGGACUCUUUCUUUUUAUGUACCAAAUAUUUUUUUAUUUAUUCCUUUUAUUUGUUAUACAAUCAAGGGACUUUGGACCUGCGUCUCUUCGUGCCCAACAUGCCUCGUGGGACCACCGUCAAAACAAUUUUGACUUCGGCCAGUUCAAGAAUUGGAUUGACUUCAAACUCCAAAGUGGUUAAAAAUCUGAAAUAUUACAUUGUGAUAUUGACGUAACUCUCUGUUUGAACUGAUGAUGGGAUCAAUUCACUUUCACUACAGAAAGUGAAUUGAUCCCAACCUCCACACCCACUGCAGCAGCGGGUGCAACAACACACACUGCCUCUGACGUAGUAUUGUGUAUGUACAGUAGGUGGUGGUUCAUGUCCUGUACUCUGUUGUUGUUGACUGUUGAUGGAGCUUAAAGGGACACUACACAUUUUCAGUUUUAGACAGUUGUCAUGCUGUUGUAGAGAACAAAAUAUUCUUUAUAUGCAUUCAUUGGUUACCAAUGUCGGAGUUUAACAUUGUGUGUAAGGCUUUAUUUUAGAGCUCACAUAGUUUUCGCAAAUUUUAAAUAGAGAAAUGAAAUGCAUCAUAGGAUGUUUCCUGGAAAGGAUUCGGAAAUGUGCAACUAAAAAUAGGGAAUUGGACACAGUACACUUGAAUUAAUAAUAACCAAUCAGUUGUUAAUUAGUUGUAAUUAGAGAAUUCUUCAACAGGCAGACAAUUAUACAAUUCAACAUAUAUAGAGUAAUAAAUACUUACAUUUUUUGUGGGUUUAAUAGAGAGCCUAAGUCUCUCGCUUCACUUUCGCCCAAUGGGACCUUAUUUCCGAACAAAUACACUGAACAAACACUGAGACCCUGGUUCAAUUCCCCACUGUGACACGUCCACCAAUGUGUCCCUGAGCAAGACACAUUACCCCUAGUUGUUAAAAUGUAAGUCGUUUUGGAUAAAAACGUCAGCUAAAUGAAUAAAAUUUAAAUGUAAUGUCACAGUUAAGUUGCACUUUACUCGAUUUUAAAACACAGCCUAAACCAAUAAACUGAAAUUUGUAAAUAUUUAUUAAAAUAAAAUGCCCUGGAGAAUUGAAAAAGCUGUUUACCCAUGUCAAUAAGAGCAGAGCAAUUCAUAACAACAUUAGCUAGUUAAACUGCCAAUUUAAGAUCAUGCAAACGAUAGUUGGUUAGUUUACUACUACUAUAACAAGUGAGGGGAAAAAAAGCUCAUGUAAAUAAAUUGUCCUUCUGCUAACAUUAACUAGUACAAGGACCAACUUUGGCCCUCACCAAAUACUUCGUCCCUCACCCAAGUCCAGUUGCUGUCGACUUUAACCUUCUUUGGAUUAGCUAAUGAAAUGACCAACUUUGGCUAAUAAAGUUCUUUUGCUAAUAAUAGCUGAUGAAAUGACCAUUUUCAGCUUGUGUAAAAGUUCUAGUGCAAACCAGAGGUUUAUUUUCAAACUAAUCCUCCACACCACAUUUUUCUUCUGCUAGUUAACUACGAAGACAAUCAGCUGAUUUAAGUUAGCUUGCUAAUGAUAGCUGUUUGUUACAAAACCAGGUGGUGGUACAAUCAUUUAAAAAAAGCUUUUUUGUUGCAUGUUUAUUUCUCCUGCACAUAAUGAUGAAUACAUAAAAAAAUAUUUUAAUUAGAUUGACCUGCUGUACAUGCAUGUGCUGUAGGAGGAGUCAAAUGUGACAGAAGGUCCUGAUCUGAAAGGGAGGGGUGACGGCUUGUGUCUAAGUUAGUACUCGUUAGGGUUGAAAAACUAGAACUUUAUUUCAAACUUAAAAAAUAAACAAAAUAUGGCAGUAAACCUUCAAUAAAUAUAACCAUUAGCUCACUGACUAGCGAGCAGAUUCAUUUAGCAAGCACAUUUAUGUCAAUGCUAACAAUAUCUUAAAAUUCAACAAUCUUGAUCUGAACACACAUCAGUUCUAAUAAUUAGUGUGAAUUUCAGCACGGCAACAAUAUGAACAAGAAUUUUUAGGACAGAUUCCAUGUAGAGCCACAUUAAAAUAAAAUAAAAAUGUUAGUGUCCCUUUAAACUCCUGCUGUGUGGGCAAUUCAGCUCGGUCAGCGUACACCUAAUGCUAAUAAGUGUACGUACGGUACGUGGUUUUUAACUGUAUUACUAAUCAAAUUGAAUGUUGUAAUAGUCGGGAACAUUAGCCACUGAGUAGUGCUGUAACCUCUUUAUCUACUCUACUAUAUAUACAUAUAUAUUGUUACCUGUAAUCUGUAUAUAAACACUGGAUAAACAAUUAA